ACAGUGGCUGACAAUCACUCUACGAACCGCCACAUCUUCUCCCUGCAACAUUCAUUCUCUCUUUGUCUUUUCUCUGAUUUCUUUCUUCUUCCUUCUCCUGUUGGUUGAGAUCAAAAGCCAACCAAAGGACCUUAGCUAUGGCUGACCAUGCGGCGAAGCUACAGAAGAAGGCACCUGAUUCAGUUUUCAUGGGCACAAGGGUUCGAGUUUUCUCAAACGUAAGAAGGUACCUGGAUCUCUUUCUCAAACUAACUCCCUCUUUAAACAAAAUGAAAGGCGCCGGUGAUGACACCAACAACAACAAUCAAUCAACCACUUUGUCCAAGCUAUUUAAUGCAAAAUGGCACGUCUUCAAUUUCAUAUCUUAUUUCCUCCUCUUCGGUUGUGGGCUCACUGUUGGUGUCAUUCUCAGUUUUCACCUCAAAAACAUUUCACUGGAUCUACAUACCCAGCUUUCUUUGACCUCUAGAUCAUCAUCACCGUCGUUGGCAAUGGCACCUCCGCAACCAUCUGAUUCGCCUGUUGAAACAAUAUCAGAUGAUGGAGCUCAGUAUGGAUUAAAUGAUUUUCUGGAGCCACCAGAAGCAAUGCAUGGGAUGGAUGAUGCACAGCUUCUAUGGAGGGCUUCAAUGAUUCCCCGAAUUGCUCAAUAUCCUUUCAAUCGAGUUCCUAAAGUGGCUUUCUUGUUUUUGACAAAAGGGCAUGUUUCAUUGGCUCCAUUGUGGGAGAAAUUCUUCAAAGGGUACAAAGGGAUGUAUUCCAUCUACAUCCACUCCAAUCCUUCUUUUAAUCUGUCAAAGGCAGCAGAGCCUCAAGGUUCUGUGUUUCAUGGCAGAAGAAUUCCCAGCAAGCAAGUGAGAUGGGGACAUGUAAGUAUGAUAGAAGCGGAGCGUCGGCUUCUAGCCAAUGCGCUGAUGGAUUUCUCAAACCAAAGAUUUGUUCUUCUGUCAGAAGCAUGCAUUCCACUGUUUAACUUCUCCACAAUCUACGCUUACCUCAUGAACUCUACCCAGAGUUACAUAGAAGCAUAUGAUAAAGACUCCCCGGUUGGGCGUGGGCGAUACAACGAGAAAAUGAGCCCUCAUAUCACAAUUGAUCAAUGGAGAAAAGGCUCCCAAUGGUUCGAGAUGGAUAGGGAACUGGCCUUGGAAGUUGUUUCUGACCAAUUCUAUUUUCCACUCUUCCAAAGCUACUGCGCCAACGCCUGCUAUUCUGAUGAACAUUACUUGCCAACCUUUGUGACCAUGAAGUUUACGCCCAAGAAUUCCAAUAGAACUUUGACUUGGGUUGAUUGGUCCAGAGCUGGCAUUCACCCUGUAACCUACUUAAGACCAUUGGUAACCGUUGAAUUUUUGAAGGCUUUGAGACAUGGAAGCCAAUGUGAGUAUAAUGGGCAGAGCAGUAAUAUCUGUUAUUUGUUUGCCAGAAAGUUCUCCACUGAUUCUUUGAUUAGGUUGUUGAGAUUUGCACCCAAGGUCAUGUAUUUCAAUAAAUAAUCUUCCUGGGUACAUGUAUUAGUGUAAGCUCAUUAUUUCAUUUUGUAACCAAUAGAUUUUCCGUACUUAAACCAUACAAUAUGUUCAUUUAUCUGGG